CAAACAUAAAUCAUAUUCCAGUUUCUGAGAGAUAUAUACUCCAUUGUUGGUCUUCUUUAAUCCUUAACAAUGAAUGGAUCCGACAAAAUCACUCCUUCCGGACCACGGUCGAUGACUCAGCCUUCACCCGUCUUCUCCUCCUUGCCAUCAUCGCCUGUCUUCUCUCCCUUGCCACCACUGAGCCCUUCUCCAUCGUCAUUCCGUCGUAAUUCAUUACCGUCGAUGAGCCUUUCUCCGUCAUCUCAUGUGGAGAAUAGAGACUCUUCCAUUAGGGUUAAGAAAAACUCUUCAUUGCCUCCUUUGGGUGUGAAGAGAAGAGCAGCCAAAGACAUUGAACCUUUAAGGAGACACAACAGAAGUGUUUCACUGGACAGUUGUUUCAGUGACUUACCGAAGUUGCCUCCUUCUCCGGGUAACGUUUCCUCUUCCAGUUCGGUUGAUGGAGACGAGAAUGCUUCCGGCCUCGAGUUUGGUAGCAGUGAUUAUACUGAUGAUGAGUUGAAGAAGAUCGCGGAGAGUCCCAAACUUCAAGAGGUUAAAUCUGAUCCUAAGAAAGUCAGAAGAAUCUUGAAAAAUCGAGAGGCAGCGGCACGUUCAAAGCAGAGGAAAUUACAGUACAUUAUUGACUUGGAAUACAGUGUAAACUUUCUUGAGAAGAGAAAUACUUCAAUAUAUGAAAAGAUCAAGCUUUUGGAGAAUGAUAAAACAAUGAUGAUGAAUGAGAAAAAGGAAAUCAUUAUUCGAAUUGAAUCGAUGGAGCAACAAGCGCAACUUCGUGAUGGUUGUUUAUUACGCUGAUACUUGAUUAUUGGUCUUCUUCUUCAAUCCUUAACAAUGAAUGGAUCCGACAAUAUCACUCCUUCGGGACCACGGUUGAUGACUCAACCUUCGCCUGCCUUCUCCUUGCCCCCGUUGAGCCCUUCUUCGACAUCAUUCCGUCGCAAUUCAUUACCAUCGAUGAUCCUUUCUCCGUCAGCUCCUGUGGAGAAUAGAGACUCUUCCAUUAGGGUUAAGAAAAACCCUUCAUUGCCUCCUUUGGAUGUGAAGAGAAGAGCAGAGAAAGACAUUGAACCUUUAAGGAGACACUAUAGGAGUGUUUCAAUGGAUAGUUUUUUCAAUGACUUACUGAAGUUGACUCCUUCUCAGGGUAACGUUUCCUCUUCAAGUUUGGUUGAUGGAGACGAGAAUGCUUCCGGCCUCGAGUUUGGUAGCAGUGAUUAUACUGAUGCUGAAUUGAAUAGACGAGAAUGUUCUUUCAGAAUCUUGGCGAACCGAGUAUCAAUUGAACUUUCAAAGCAGAGGCAGAGACAGUAUGUUAUUGACUUGGAACAGAACAUAAAAUCUCUUGAGAACGAAAAUGCAUCAAUGUCUGAAAAGAUCAAGCUUUUGGAGAAUGAUAAAACAAUGAUGAUGAAUGAGAAGAAGGAAAUCACUAUUCGAAUUGAAUCGUUGGAGCAACAGGCUCAACUUCGUGAUGGUACAUCAUCUUAAUUUCUAUCGAUACUUCAGUGAGUUCUUUGUUGUGCAAUUUAUAGUAAUUGCAUGAAUUUUGAUUGUUUAAGGUUGUUACUCUGGUAAUUGCAUGAAUUUUGUUUAUGACACCGCCUAUAAAGUAAUAUCUAAUUG